GAGGUGAAGGGAAAAAAAAAACUAUUUCCUGAACAUGUAGCCUAUAGUUUGGAGUUGGAUCUUUUGCUGAACAAUAACCCAAUAUACUCCUGUGAUGUGGAAGUUAAAAUAGGUGGAUAUUCAAAUGAUAAUUUGAGAUAUCAUCUUUCUAACGUAGAUCUCUAUCUCUAUCUCUCUCACACACAUGCACGCACGCACGCACGCACGGCUGAGGAUGCAACAAUGACAACAAGACUUGGUAGUACUCUGUCACCCAGCCCACAUGAGAAGAAGCCACCACCCACAUGAGAAGGAAAGCCAGCAUCCUUCUCUUCGGCAAAGAACAUAAAGAACUGUUUCAGGAAGUGUUUCAUCAUUCAUGUCCGGACUCAUCGAAACGAUGGAGAUGAUAUUUUUAUUGCUGGGAUUUCUCUUCUUUGUCAAAGGUUGUACUGGCCUUACUCUUUAUGGAGAGGUCGGAGGGACGGCCGUAUUUCAAUGCAACUCAACUAUGGAGAACAUCAAUUCUAUUUACUUUCAAGGAGGCCCAGGUUUUACUGAUUUUAUAAUUGGAUAUCAUAAGACGAAGAACCUCACUGAGCCCAGUCGACCUGACACCUACUUGAACCAUGUGGAUAAAACGGUAACCUUUUGGAAUCUAACCGUCUCAGACGAAGGGACAUACAAAUGCGUCAUAGACCAUGGGGUCGGCCGUGGAAUUACUGAAGACACUACAACAAGACUCAUCCUAAUUGAGCCCCCUCCGACGCCCAGUAUAGAGACCCAGCCGCUGUGUAACGUCACUUGUACUUUGAAGUGUACCGCGGACACCACAGAUCUGGGACCGGUCUCCUACGAAUGGAAGAAAGACGAAGGAGAGUGGACCAAGGGUGACAAGCUGAAGAAUAUCAGCAGUUCUGAUACCCCUGAGAAGUUCUUCUGCAGGCUGAAGACCCGUGUGAGGACCAGCAACACCAGCCUGCCCAUGGAAAAUCCACUCUAUAAACCAGUACCAGCAACACCCGAUGCAGUCACACUAGAGCGCCACAACCCUCAGAGCACUGGUGACGUCUCCAAUGCCUCUGGUGACGUCUCCAAUGCCUCUGGUGACGUCUCCAAUGAUCUACUCUACCUUCUCCUUUUAAUCGUACCAGUCCUGGUGUGUGUGGGGGGAUUUGCUUGUUGGAAGAAAUGCAAAGGAAAUCCACUUUCUAACGAGCAACGACCCCAAUCAGCCCCACAAGCCGAUCCAGUAUCAGCAAGCGAAGAAGUCGCAGAACGUGAGAUUUUCGUGCCUCAGCCGCCCGUUGCUGAGGAUUUGGAGAUGAAAACGUUGAAUAAUACAAAUUCAAAUGAAAACAUGUAAGUAGUCACCCAGAGUGGCCUCUACAUUGUUGCCGUCUGCGCAUCUACUAGGCCGCCUCUGAAUGUCCAACACCUGGAACACGUUGAUGGGACUACAGACCACUCCAUGUUGCUCUCAACAAGAGCAAUGAGGUCGCUGCACUCACCGGAUCAUUUGUCAAUAUUCCAACAAAGAUCAGACACAUGGAUGUCUGCUGCAACACACGCCCGGCUGAAAGUGGACAAUGACUUCCUGUUUUCCACACAGGUUGAUGAAAUUAGCCUUUGAUGCAACGUAGGGGAUGUUUUAGAUUUUUUUAAGAAUUUAUUUAACUUGCUGUUUUUGAUUGUUUUGUUGCACUGGGACAAACUGAUCAAGUGGAGCUAUCUAGCCUACUCAUCUUCUGUGGGGCUAACGCCACUGCAUUGAAAUAACGUAUCUGGAUUUCUUGCCCCUGAAUUUAACUCAAUUUCCAAUAAAUCAUUUUCAGCUUUAUUUUUCAAUGUUAAAGAAACAGUCUUCCCUGGCGCUGUUUCGGUGGCUUCUCUGAUAAAAAGCUACAGUCAGUGUUUAAUGGCGUUGAUUUACCUUUGAGCAUUUCCUAUUAUAGGCUACUGUGUAAAAUGCUGUUUAGAAUUAAUGUUUAUAUCAAGAAAGAAAGAACCAGCGAGUGACGCUUUUAUUCCUGCUCUCCUUGCUUCUAGCUUCUAGGAUCGUGGGGAUUUUUGACACUUAUUACAAGAUGAACCUUAAAAUAUGACUUAGGCAAAUAUGCUAUGGGGCUAACAACAUAAAAAAACUUGUUUCUGUACCUUUUGCUUGAUCUGGUCUGUAUGUUGUUGUUCCCUGCGCCCAUAUUUAGUACUCUGUAAGACUUGCCUAUUUACAAAAAUAGCCAGGAAACCACACCGUAACCACACCGCAAACUACAGGCAUGUUUAUGUAAUGAGCUCCAUCCGGCUCAUCUGGGUCAAUAUGGGCCGUCUAUGGACUGAAUGGAUGCGAGGUGACUGUGAGAUUCACACAUAAUAAUAAUUAACAAAAUAAGCAUGAGCAACUUUGUUGUAAUUUUAUAACUUUACUGUACACAUAACAGUGUGUGCCGAUAAGUCAAUGGGCUAUGUUUUUUUUUUUUUGUUAUUUAAAAAGGUAUGGUCAGUCUGUAAAUAGUUUUGUAAUUGAUUAGUUGGGUAUGUUGACCCUGGUUAAAGUCCAGUUUAUAGCUGUUUUUUAUUGUGUGGUAUAUUUGCACUCCAAACUCUGUAAAACCAGUAAAGCUACCUCGUUGGGGUCUCAUGGUUUAAGCCCAAAAUAUUUAACUGAUAUGCUUCCAUAACAUAAGCCUUCUAGACCACUAAGAUACUAAGAGACCAAUCUGUUAAUUAUCCCCAGAGUAAACACGAAACAUGGGAAAGCAGGAUUUAGUUACUAUGCAACAAAUAGCUGGAAUACAUUUCCUGAGGAUUUAAGAUUUGCCCCAACUCUGAGCACCUUUAAAAUAAGACUGAAGACUUUUGUUUGCUUUAGCUUUCUGCUAAACCUUAAAUACAUUGCACUUUCUAAAAAGCUUUUUUAACUUUGCCUUUAUUUUCUAUUUUAAUACUAAAAUGCCUUUUUAACUUUCUAUUUUACUCAUUUCUUUGCAUGUUUUCUUUUACGUAUCUAUUAUAUUAUUUUAUUGUGUGACAAUGUUUAUAUGUGAAGUACUUUGAGUCUGCCUUGUGUAUGAAAAGUGCUGUACAAAUAAAGUUGCCUUGCCUUAUGGCAGGGAACAUUGCUUCAGUGAAUAAACAUAACGUCAAUAAAACUUUGAUAGCCUAUAUUAACCUAUUAACCUUGAAUCGAUUUCUGCAUGAGUAAUUUUCCCCGGAAAAGGGGGUGAUAAGAAACAAAACUCCCAUGUUCCGACACUACUUCAAGAGGUCGACAAACUAGGUGUAUUGUGAUUGUCUUGAUUGAGGGGCUCCUGUCGGCAGAAGUUACAUUUACCAUUCAGUUCCUUAGAAAAUAUUCUAAUAAAAUGUAAGUAAUUAAACCUUUACUAUGUAACUUAGUGCCUUAACAAUAUUAAUAUCAAUAUACAGUAUCUGAACAAGUAAAUUCAUCCACUUUUGUGACAGUACGUUAUCUUAACCAUGUCUAUCUGAAGAAGCUCCCUCCGUCACCAUAGGACAAGAUGGUCCUAAAAAUAGAAGCCAUCCUGCCGGCUGUUGGCUCUUGUGCGCUAAAACGAAGACACAUAACAGAACGCCUUGUAGGAGCCAAUGUUUCAAACACGAACUGCGAUCCUAUGCUACAUGUCUUUCCCUCCCUUUCAACCCGUGAUCUUUUAAACGGUUUGGGAUCAGAGGCUCCGGAACUGGUGGGUCCAAAUUGUGCAACCACGCAAAAAAUAUAAUCUAUACAUUUGUCCUUGUCAUGGCGUGGCAGUGGUGGUUGCAGCAUGACCUAGACCUAUUCACAACAUUGUAGCUUUGAAUUACAAGUCUGCUCUUGCCUCUUGGUCAUGAUGUCACGUGCACCAGCCAAUCGGAAGCUUCGGCCGCAGGGUAAAAAAAAAAUAAUAAUCUAGACAAACUAUACAUCAUGCAAGGUGAGACUCCACUGAUUCAAACAGUCCCAACCACUCUAACCUGACCAGAAGCACACUUCAACACCCUGGCAGAUGCCUGCUGCAGUUCUUCUGCCAAUACGACUCAAACCUUUGAACCCAUUGCAGGGAAGAGAUGCCCUGAUUGGUCUGAAAUGAGACAACAGCAAUCAACUUGGAACAGAUAUUAUCACAGAGGAUGCUAUUUUUCAUUGUUGAUAAGAAACGUGAUGUGACUUAUAAGCCAUGAUCUACAGUUUUACAUUUACAGACUAAAUAGCUCCGUACAAUUUAUACAUCAAUGAAGGAACCUCAUCCCUUGGCUACUCGAUCCUGACGAUGAGCCCAUUUUGGAAGUACCUUCUGACACAGUCUAUAAUAGUUCACACGCUGGAGUGAUUGUAGCAGACCAGACCAGACAAGCGUCAGGAUUCCCAGCGACCACAGCCUCCAAUCCACUUCCUCAUGACCUUCAGUCUUAGGGGUCAAACCCAGGCACACUUCCUUUAUUUGAGAUGAGCUCAGGAUGCAACACUGCAAAGCCUCGGUAAUACCCCGUCGUGGCAAUUUCUUCAAGGGAUAUUACGUCUCUAGGACAGAUGAGACAUCUAAAUGCAAAAAAGCCCAUAAAAGUUGCAGACAAUUCAGAAUACAGUUAGACAGAGCUAUUUAAACAGCUUCACACCCUCCCCACAACAACAGAUGUAAAUAAUCAAAUCAGAUAAUGUUUACCCAAUUCAUGUUGA